GAGGGGCGCAGGGCGGGAGGACGCCGGGCGGUCGCGUGGCCGCGGGUGCGCUACCCAGGGGCGCAUCCCAGGCCCGCGGAUUUGGCCUCGCUGCUCUGGCCGUGCUCACUGGCCCCCCAGGGGCUUUGCAGCGGAAGCUGUGGCGGUGGCAGCCACGCGUGUGUGCAGAUCCCCGGGACGACUGUGGGCGUUCGUCUGUGCAGGCCUGAGGCGGGAGCUGCCUUGGGGAACCAUCCCGAUGGGCACCAUCUCCCGUGGAAAAUGUUACCGAUGCUGUGCUUUUAUAGAAGGAUCUGGAAUAGUAAAAAAAAUCCCUUUUUUAAAACGGGAAGAAGAAAUUUAAACGAAUAACAUGAGGUUACAUAAAGUCCCCGUUUUUAUUAGUUCAAGCCAAGAGAGUAAAAGUAAAGCAUUGCUAUCUUUCACCAGAAAUAGCUUGUGUUUUAUUACUUGGAUCACCCAAUUUUUCUAAUACUCAUAAUGCCAGAAGGGAAAUCGCCUGACAAAAAAAGACCUCGGAGAAGCUUGUCAAUCAACAAAACUAAAAAAAAUUCAUCUAACUCUAUCGUUUCGUAUUUUAACAAUGCACCACCUGCUAAACUUGCUUGCCCCAUUUGUAGUAAAAUGGUGCCCCGGUAUAACUUAAACCAGCACCUUGAUGAAAUGUGUGCUAACAAUGGUGAUGUCAUUCAAACGAAUCCAGUACAGGUUAACUUAAUGAAUUCAAAUGUGACCACAGUAGAUUUAACGAAUACUGCCUUAGAAGAUGUAAGACCAAGGAAGUCACCACCAAAGACAAGUCCAAUACCUCACCGAAGUGGUUUGGCAAAAAUGAGCGCAAAACAGCAGACCAGUCCUUACUUUAAAAGUACUGAUGCCUUGGUGUGCAAAAAUCAAGAUGAGCUGAUAAGUCAUUCUGUGAAAGUCAUUUCUUUGGGAAGCCUGUCAACUAAAUUGUCCAGGAAAUACAUAAAGGCUAAAAAGUCUCUAAGUAAGAAUGAGGAAUUUAGCAAUAAUUGUCUACAGAGUUCCCCAUCCACAGCUGUUAAAAGCCUGAUUGCUAACUGUUUAGAAAUUGAGGACAAGGAUCAAAUUUUGGAGAACAGUUCUCAAAAAGAAAAUAUUUUUACAUGUGAUUCUCUAAAGGAAGAGAAUAUUUCUGAACCUAUGGUAAAAGGUGAUAAAAUAGUGGAAGCUGAAAGCCAAAAGACUGCUCAGAAAUGUGGGAAAUUCACCCUUACCCCUGGGUUCUCUGAUAAAGCUCCCAUGUUAUUUUCUCCAGAUUUGUUCCUUGGGAAUAAUUUAAAGUAUACUUCGGAAGAUAGUCUUGUAAAGCAAGAGAAUGUCAAAGAUAUAGAUGAUAAAGGUGUUGAAAAACUUGAGGCAUGUAAUUGUAAAGAAGUAGAAAUGACUGUUGUUUCAGAACUUAAAACACAGUUGUCAAAUUCAGAGGCAGAUUUUCCAAGUUCUACAAUUGCUUCUGAGUGGAGUAACUUUCAAGAAGUUUUGGAAGGUGAGAGUGGCUUAAAGAGUAAAAUCACUUGUAGCACUGCUGUGGAGCAAGGGUCAAGCUGUGGUGUUCCUGAUAAGAUGCCGCAAACACUGAGUCAUCCUUACUAUCUUCGGAAUUUCCAUGUGGUACUGAAAGCUGUACUUGAGAAUGAAGAUGAUAUGAUGCUCUUUGAUGAAGAGGAGAAGGGAAUUAUAAGUAAAUUUCAUCAGUUAUCAGCUAGUGGUCAGAAAUUAUAUGUAAGGCUCUUUCAACGUAAAUUAAGCUGGAUUAAGAUGAAUAAAUUAGAAUAUGAAGAGAUUGCUUCAGACUUAAUACCUGUGAUUGAAGAAUUGAAGCACGCAGGCUUUCUUCAGACAGAAUCUGAAUUGCAAGAACUCUCUGAAGUGCUUGAACUUCUUUCUGCUCCUGAGCUGAAAACUCUGGCUAAGACCUUCCACUUGGUAAAUCCCAAUGGACAGAAACAGCAGCUAGUGGAUGACUUUCUCAAAUUGGCCAAACAGCGUUCAGUCUGCACUUGGGGCAAGAGUCAGUCUGGAAUCAGAGCAGUGAUUUUAAAAAGAGCCAAAGACUUGGCUGGACAGUCACUGCGAGUCUGUAAAGGCCCCAGGGCUGUGUUUUCCCGGAUCUUGCUACUGUUUUCAUUGACAGACACCAUGGAAGAUGAAGAAGCUGCUUGUGGUGGCCAAGGUCAGCUUUCUACUGUGCUGUUGGUCAAUCUCGGCCGAAUGGAGUUUCCUAGUUAUACUGUCAAUCGGAAAACACAAAUUUUUCAAGACAGAGAAGAUCUUAUCAGAUAUGCAGCAGCUGCGCACAUGCUGAGUGACAUUUCUACCGCGAUGGCCAGUGGGAACUGGGAAGAAGCUAAGGAGCUCUCUCAAAGUGCAAAAAGGGAUUGGAACAAACUGAAAAAUCACCCUUCCCUAAGAUACCAUGAGGAGUUACCACUCUUUCUUCGGUGUUUUACUGUUGGGUGGAUAUAUACAAGGAUUUUGUCUCGGACUGUUGAAAUCUUGCAGAGACUUCACAUGUAUGAGGAAGCUGUUAAGGAACUUGAAAACCUUUUGUCACAGAAAAUUUAUUGCCCUGAUAGCAGAGGCAGAUGGUGGGAUCGACUGGCUCUUAACUUACACCAGCACUUGAAGCGCUUGGAACCGGCUAUCAGGUGCAUUAUUAAAGGGCUGGCAGAUCCAGAGGUAAGGACAGGACACCGUCUUUCACUUUAUCAGAGAGCCAUGCGCCUGCGAGAGUCUCCAAGCUGUAAAAAGUAUAAGCACCUCUUUCAUCAGCUGCCAGAAAUUGCUGUCGAAGAUGUUAAACAUGUGACCAUCACGGGCAGGCUGUGCCCACAGCGUGGGAUGGGCAAGUCUGUAUUUGUCAUGGAGUCUGGGGAUACUACUGACCCCACCACAGUACUGUGCUCUGUGGAGGAGCUGGCGCUGGACUAUUACAGAUGCAACGGCUUUGACCAGGGGAUCCAUGGAGAAGGGUCUACCUUCAGCACCCUGUAUGGCCUCCUUCUGUGGGAUAUAAUCUUCAUGGAUGGGAUACCAGACGUCUUCAGAAACGCCUACCAGGCAUCCCCACUGGACUUGUGCACAGACAGCUUCUUCACCAGCAGGGGCCCAGCCCUUGAGGCCAGACUGCAGAUGAUUCACAGUGCCCCUGCAGAGAGCCUGCGAGCCUGGGUGGCAGCCACAUGGCAGGCCCAGGAAGGCAGAGUGGCUUCUCUUGUCAGCUGGGACCGCUUCACUUCUCUUCGGCAAGCUCAGGAUCUUGUCUCCUGCUUGGGGGGUCCCAUCCUCAGUGGUGUGUGCAGGCGACUGGCUGCUGACUUUCGACACUGCCGAGGGGGCCUCCCUGACUUGGUGGUGUGGAACUCCCAGAAUCACCGCUUUAAGCUGUUCAACAUCACUCUAGCCACAAGUCACCACAGGCCAAGAGCAGCCAGAGGCCCAAGAGACUCAAGAACUUCCCGAUCAACCAUUCACUCCAGUGAGAUUCUUGCCUGUUUUUUAAUAGAACUCCAGGCCUAAAUACUGAGUAACAAUAAAAUUAAAUAUUUCUUUAGCCCUGGCUUCCACUUCUCUCUUAACUUGUAGAUAUUAAAAAUUACUCAACUUAUCUGUACCUUUGGAUAAAAGCAGGUUGAAAUGUUUGCACCCUUCUACUCUGGAUGACGUGGCAGACUUUAGCACAUAAUCUUAGUCAAAAUAAACAAAUUUUUCCAUCCUGGGUACUUUUCUGGUACCCAGACGACGGUAUCCAACAUCGUGACUUUGAAAGCAUCCAACUUUACAAUGUCUACCACUGCUUCAUGCACAGUAUCCUGGGCUUCCUCAUCAAAAGUCAGCUUUCUCCAGCCAGUGAGAAAACUGGAAACACUUUGGAAAACUGGCUCAGUUCUAGGAUUGUUUUUAAGAUCAUUUCAGCAAGUUUCUCUCUUCUGGUACCCAGAAUGCAGAUGGAUUUAUUCUGUAUUCUAAAGUCUUUCUGAAGAUUCUGCAGUUCCUCUGGGCCAUGAUGGUUCAUCUUCCAGGUGAUUUCACUGUCCCUCAUUUCCCAGAAGAGCUUGGUUUGGAAUCUUUAUUUAUUUGUUUUGUUUUUACAGUGCUGAGGAUCAAACCCAAGACCUCCUGUAUGCUGGGUAAAUGCUCUACCACUUGAUUUUUCAAUCUUACAACCUAACUUGCAUUUCUUAGAUAUGCCUCACAUAAUAAUUGUGAUAAAGUGUGGAUUUGAUUUUGUAAAAUAUUAUAAUUUUUGCAUAUAUGUUCAUGAAAGAUAUUGAUCUGUAGUUUUCUUAUAAUAUCUUUGUUGAGUUUUGGUUUCAGGGCAAUAUAUUACUGGCCUUUAUAGAAUGGGAUGGAAAAUAACAUUUUUGGUCUUCAGGAAUAGUUUGUUUACAAUUAUUAUUAGUCCAUAAAAUCUUUGGUGGAAUUAAACAGGGAAGCCCAACAGGCCUGGAGUUUUCUUUUUGGGAAACUUCAAAACUCUACAUUUCUUUUUUAAUCAACAUAGAGCUAUUCAUGUUAUAUUGAUUGAACUUUGGGAGUUUGUGUCUUGAGAAGUUGUCCAUUUCAUGUAAAUUGUUGAAUUUUUUUGGCAUAAAAUUGUUCCUGUUUCUCCUUGUUAUUUAAAUAUCUGUAGAAUCAUUUUAUUUCUAUCAUGCUUUUAUUCUGUAUCUUUUCUUUUUGUGACCUAUCUGGUGGGAGAUUUAUCAAUUUUAUUGAUUUUUCUCAAAGAACCAGCUUUUGUUAUCAUUGAUUUUUUUCUAAUGUCUUUGUUUCAUUGAUUUCUGCACUUCUCUUUAUAAGUUCCAUUCUUCUGAUUACUUUGGAUUUAAUUGUUAUUUAUGGUUUCUUAGAGAGGAAGUUGUAACCAUUACUUUGAAAGUUUCUUUUUAUAAGUCCAGUUUCAAAUAUCAUAUUCUAAUUAUGUAGUACUGGUGCAUGGUUACACCUUAAUAUUAUGUUUGGUCGGUUUCCUAAACUUACUUAUUAUGCUCAAUAAAGUUACUGAUUAUUU